UCAUCUCCUACAUAUUCUCCUAUUAUGGACGAUGGUAUAGAAUUUAGUGGUGGUUUAUAUUUUACGGAGAAAAAGUCGAAUCAAGAAAAUAAAAAAAAAUAUGCUUUAGAAUCAUUAAAUUUAACUUCUUGGGAUAAAGAUGAUAUUGCUAAGGAAAACGAAGAUGUUAAAGAUGAAAAGGAUGAAUAUGAUGAAGAUAAGGAAGAAGAAUUAGAAAAAUACGAAAGCGAAAUUACCAAACAACAAGACGAUAUAUUAGAUGAGGACGAAGUAUUAGAAGAAGAAAUGUUAGAAGAUAAUAAAAAUGAAACAGUAGAUACAGAUGACUUAGAGAAGGAAAAUAUACAAGAUUCAUUAAAUGAUAAUAAUUAUUUUAGUUUAAUUUAUGAGAACUAUAAGGAUAAUGGUAAAUCAAAAAAAGCUGCACAAACAUUAAUCACAGCGUUGAUAAGUAUUUUAAAUGGAAAAAAUGAAUUAGAUGCUACCAUAAGAGGAUUAAAACAUAGGUUUAUGGAAUUUUUUACAUAUAAUUAA